AUGCUGGCAAGUCUGUACAUGGGUGCCAAUGGUCAAGUGGCAGACUCUUUUCAUUGGGCUCAUGCAACCGCUGUAAAAUGCGAGACACUUGCAAGACGGGCAGUGACAAGCACGAGUGAGACGGAUCGUUUCUCAGAUGCCUUUCGCAGGCUAUACUGGGUCUCGCUCAUCUACGAGGGAGACUUCAUUUCUGAGAUAUCGAUUACCCUCCCAUCAGGCAUUGCCCGAUAUGAAGAUAUUGUCCCAUAUCCGGCCCCUGAAACACCGAUACAUCCGCAUGAACACGCCGCCACAUUUUCCUCCCAGGAAGCCAACCCGACGAGCCCGGCGAGCUCGACGGUUUAUCGGACCGAGGAGCUGGUUGCGUUCCAGAUCAGCACCAAUGCCGCCAUCAGACGAUUCCUGAACCGAGUCAAUAGCGUUGUUUACGACAGUAAGGACCAAUGCCGGAUGACAAGAGCCAACUACGCAAACUGGCUGCUUCGUAUAACGGAAGACCUAUGGUCAUAUCAUGGAGCUCUUUAUCGGAACUUGCCCGACUUUCUUCUUACCAGCCAGCCGAGGAAAAGGCCCGACCAAGACACGGCGAGUUCUCCCGUGACUCCGGGCAUUAUCAGGCUUGAAGAGCUCGGAAACAAUCCUUGGAACGUCCUUCGACUCAAAGGCCGUUACUACGCUGGGCAAUACAUCAUCCAUCGGCCGUUCAUUGAAUACGUACUCCUCAACAUGGCUCACUUCGAAACGCAUCCUUGCAAGGAAGCAAUACUCGAGCGGUGUCGAUUAUGCCUGGAAGGAUGCCGGGGGUUCAUCAACGUAUUUGAUAUUGAUCCGGCCAACAGCAUCACAUGUCUGUUUGCCAGCGGUAUGGUAACCUUCACCAUGGUCAUCAUUCUCCGGGUCGCAUCCAUGUGUCCUGUCUUCCGCGAUGCCCUCCCCACAGACGUCGAGCACGCCAUAUUUGUUGGAACGCGCAAUCUGCGAAGGUUUAACAUCAGUAUCAAGGAAUUCGAGUGGCACCUCGGCAUGUUGGAACGAAUGGAAGCAUCGUGCAAAGAUAGAAUGGCCAUGUGA